AUGGUGAAGAAGAUCCCGGCGAGAUUCAAUAGGUUCGCGGCGGCGUUCGAUGAUGCCGCCGCCAAGGCGGCUGGGUCAUGGGAGAGCAGCGGAAGCGAGCACUCCGCCGCCGAUUUAUCGGAUCUGGUGAAUUCGUUUCUAGAGAGAGAAAGUAGAGAGGAGAGAGAUAGCGAAGAGCUCGUUGAUAACGGUGAUCAGGAUAAAGACGAAGAUGACGAGAUUGAUUUUGAAUAUCGGGAUCGGUUGAAGGAUUUACUUUACCGUGAAAACGACGCCGUUAAAGGAACCAUUCACGCAGCGGUGGAGAGGGCUUACAGAGAAGUCGACGGCAGCGGCAGCAGCAGUAGCGGUAGCUCGUCGCCGGAUUUUAAACGGCAGUUAAUGGCACGGUUGCGCAGCAGAGGCUUUGACGCUGGACUCUGCAAAUCGAGGUGGGAGAAAAGCGGCCGUUGCCUGGCGGGGGACUACGAGUACAUCGACGUAAUCGCCGGCGGGACCAGGUACAUAGUUCAAGUCCUUUUAGACGGAGAGUUCACAAUUGCCCGCCCAUGCGGCGGCUACGCCUCGUUGUUGGAAAUCCUCCCACCGGUGUUUGUCGGCAAACCGGAAGAGCUGAAGCAGGUGGUGAGGCUAAUGUGCACCGCCGUCAGAAAGUCGAUGACGAUCGCCGGCAUCCACUUGCCGCCGUGGCGCCGCCACGACUACAUCCAGAACAAGUGGUUCGGUUCCUAUAAACGAACGACCAACGAAAUUUCGAGCCGGAAAGCUUUGAAUUAUGGCUGCGGAUCUUCGGAGAACCAAACAUUAAAGGAAAUUUCGUUUAAUCGUAGAGAGGAUUUUGUUGCGAAGAAGAGUGGCGUUGGAAUAAUAAACCAGGCUGCGGCGGUUUUGAAACAGAAGGAAAAUGGUGCUGUAAAUAUGUGUGCCACCAUUGUUGUGCACUAA